AUCGUGGUCUAGCAAGUAUAAACUUGUUAAACUUCCAUUUCUAGCACGACAGUUAGAUGAACAACAAUGAAAUUCGCGACAAGCACGUCAAUUUACGACCCUAGUAAUUCUAAUUCAACAGAGUUCCACCUCUAUCCAUGACACCGCACAAGCGGCCCGGCGGGUUUGUUAGUCAAUUACCGCCACCUAUGCUGAUGAACAGACAAGUCCAUCAGAGGGCAGAACGGGUAGCAUUGGCAUUCCGCUCGUAGUGUCUUUUGUUUUCAUCUUCUCAGUACAACAUACUACUGUAUUUCCUGUUUCUUGGCAAGAAAGAACUGUAAGUGGCUUCGAAAAUAAAAAUUAAUUGUCCGGAGACCGCAUUAAGUCGAGAACAAAUGGCCGCACCUACCACGGGAACCGGGCCGAGCGCACCGUCCGCGCCCUGGACUUGUCAGUACCGUGGGUGCAAAAGCAAGAAAUCGCAAAUCAAGGAGCUGCGCGCAAGACUACCGACGGGCUACCCGCAUGACGAGGAUGUGAAUCUGCGAGUAAUACUGCAUAACUAUACUGUUUUCGAAGUAGAAUUCCUGUCACUACGAAGCAAAGGGACGACCACGAAGAUGAAACUCCUCUUGUCAUGCAUGAGAUAUAAUUAGAGGAAAGAACAAAAGAAAACGAACAAAAAUUCCCCCCCCCAAAAAAUAAGGUCUGCACGGUGUGUCGGCGCCUGCCCCUUGCGGAUCAGCUUCCCCUCGACCAACUUCCCACCGCGACCAUGAAGGAAACGCUUGGAAAUUACUCCCGCGCCACCAUGGCCCAGUUUACCCAGUUAUCAACUGCAAAAAUGUCUGGGGCUGGAAACUUGUAAUGCUGCGUUGGGAACAGUGAAUGCUCUGUAAUGCACAGGCAAGCGUGAGAAAUAUCUGCGCUUUUUUGUGUUGCGUUUUUCGCAUGACAAACUGCGUUUUUGCAUGACAGGCAAAAGCAAAAGGGUCUCUACUUCUUGGACACGCAUCACAAACUUUUUGGUCAUGCCAGACAAGCAUGACAUCUUCCAGACCCAGACACUUUUGCAUUUGAUACCAGUUCGCCUCCGUUGCGGCGAAACUGCCGGAGGACAGCGUCGAGCCGCUGGACCGGGAGACGGUGCUGUCGGUGAUCGAAGACCUGGAGGACAUGGAGGCCAAAGCCAACGAAAUAUCCUCGGUCCUCCGGUACUAUGGCACCAACCACGCGAACCAGCUGGCGAAGGCCAUUUGUCGGAAAAUUUUAGAUGACGGCUUCCCCUGGGAGAUGAGCUUGGCGUUCGAACAGAUAAACGAUCUUGUCAUGGAGGAGAUCGCCAGGCUAGGUACUAGUGCAGAAGUGCUUCUAGAAUUUUUUGUUUUAUAAAUAUGAUAUGAACUUUUAUCUUGGGGUAAAAAUUAUUCUGAGGAUAAAGUUAAAGAUGAAUAAACUUACUAUCACGACACGAAGUGAUCAUGGCACCGUCGUGCAAAAAUUUUUAAGGACACAAGAACUCCACAAUCCGCAGGCACCGCUUCACAAGCGCUGACGCCCUUAAACGGAUCAUCCGGAGGUGUGGCCGUACCCGCUAGCUUUCCACCGGCAGGAGGGACAGACGAACCUCCAGUCCUCUGCGAGCCCGUGCAGACCGCGUCGAUAGAAUCGCAGCUGAACCAGAGCUACCAAUAUGCGUUUGGGGUGUUGUUUCCAAAAUUUCUCCAGUGCAGCUGGGAGAGAAUCAAGGAAAUCGCGGAGGACGACGCGAACGUGAGCCGGAAAGAGGAGCAGAAAAAACUUUUCCGGGUGGUGAACCAGUGGAAGGAGAUCCAUUUGUGGGGCUUGGGAACGAUAAAAGAGCAACUGUUGUUGAGAAAGCAGCAGGUCCUGCAGGGUACCGUUUUCAAAAAGGCGGUGGUCGGCGGUGGAGGUGGCGCGAAUCUUCCGAACGCCAACAACAACAACAGCAGCAGCCACAGCCAGGGAGCUGUAGCAGUUGCACCAGAGCAGGGUCAACUACAAAGUCAGUUUCCGGGCGUGUCCAACUUCGUUGGGAAUACGAUUUUCACGGUGAAUCUGCAGGAUAUCGAGUUGAUGUUGGCGACCUUGGACUUGGUCCAGCAGGAGGAGGACAAGGAGGAGGAAAGAGAGCUGAAAAAAAGAAAGCUCGACUCAGAGGAGCAGAAACAAGCGCAGGAAAGCAGAAAAAACUUCAUCGAGCAAAUUUUGGAGAUGGCGGGGGAGGUGGGGUUGAAUAAGCUUACAACAACCUCUAUGCAUUGCAAAAGUAUCGUACUUCUAGUAGAAAUCGCAUGACAAAUUUUCUCAGCAUGAGAAAUGGAGUUUGUCAUGCUGUUUUGCCUUGGGAUCGAGAUUUGUAAUGCAUGACUGCGAUUGCUACGAGUGCGAUACUUUUGCACAGGAUAACCUCUGACAGCCCCGGCGACAUCAACGACGACGCGGGGGAGCAGCAGACGAAUCUGCAUUUGAGAAUCCUCGGCCUGGACGUCGCCGCGUUCAAGAAGAACGAGAUUACGGUGGAGCAAAUCAACAAAACGGCCCGAAAAUUGAUGUUCAAAGCGCAUCCCGAUAAAAACCCGAGCAUCGAGUCGCAGAAGUGCACCGACGCGAUGACCAGAAUCACGGACGCGAAGGAGGCACUGGUGGAGAAACUGGACCCCGCGAACCAGAAGAAGAAGCAAGCCGUGGACCCGAGUAAGAUCCAAGUGCUCGCCUCUUCCUCCGGGGGGGCAGUUAUCAAAUGUAAAAAUGUCUGGGUCUGGAAACUUGUGAUGCUGGGUGGCGUAUCGUGAGGAGGCCGCAAAUGCUGGCUCAGCAUGACAAGUUUCUGAGCUUCUAGGUGUUGCCUAUUCUGCACGACAAACUGCGUUUCUGCAUGACAGAAAAAUGGCGCUCUUGGGUAACGUGCAUGACAGAUUUGAGAGCCAUGCCAGACAAGCAUGACAAACAUGCACUCUUCCAGACCCAGACACUUUUACAUUUGAUAGCAGUCAAGCAGAAGCAGCUCUGUCGGUUCGUCGGCUGCACGGACGAGGUCUGUUCCCAGUGCGCGCACGGGGCCUGCCGGUCGCACAUCACGCACUGCCACUUCUUCGCCCGGCAGAACCCGGGGUUGCGCUGCUUUUUCCACCCCCCGCCCCGGGAAAACGCCGUCAACGCGGUCUUGGUCAACGUAUGACAGUGCACAACUCCCCCUCCCCCUCAUUUGUAUAGCAUGAACGGCAAUACAAGCAUCAGCAAGAAUGCCGGUUUUGCAAGACAAAUUUACCCUGGAGUGUAGUGCUAUUUGGGCUACCAGAACUUGUCAUGCAAACAGUGCCAACGGGCACAGCUUGGAUUUGGGAUUUUGCAUUGCAAAUGAGGGGGAGGGGGAGUUGUGCACUCUCAUACAACGGACGCUGGCAACAGAAGAAACAUUGA